CCAAGGUUAGAGAGCUUCUCGAGGAUCGAAGAUGACGGUGCGAAAUCUUCCAUUCUGGGUUUCAGCGUGGCUUUUUAUUUCGGGUAUUAUUUGCACAAUUGAUGCUUUGUUUGUCAUUCUGCGUCCUCAUACCCUACCAGGAGGAAAAUGGAACCACAUCGUCCAGCCUUGUAAGCAUAAAUCGCAUGUUUGCUAAUGUCACGCGUAAGUGCACAGAAAAGUAACGAAUGUUGCAUGUUACAUUUGAUCGCUCGGUGCGAUUAAGAACACUUUAUACUCAAUUUUUUUAGAAUUUGUUUUUGUACUCUUCAAGCUGAAUAAAAACGGAUGUAUUUGUCAUUCUUGCGAGAUAAAUGUUGGAAAAAGUUGUUGUACGUGCCUCAACUUUGAAGCAAGGGCCGAUACAGAAAGACGAGCUUACUUACAUUGAAACACUCCAAAGUUUUAAAUUCCAUAAAGCAAACUGUAUCGUGACUAAGUUGCAAUGUCAUUCUAUUUAAUUUCUCUUUCAGACAAUCUUUACCUCCAAGUUGAUUUAAGAUACUCAGAUCUCACGGACACAUUUGUCAAGGGAAUAAGCUUGUAAGUUUGCAUCAGUGAAAUUGAAGGUAGAAUUAAAUUGUAACUGGCAAUAGUUCAUGACUUAGUUCCGAAUUGGUUUGAAGGUAAAGUUAGAAUAUGAGGGUAACUGUCAUAGCUGUCAGAGACUUUCUUGCUUCCUUGCACAAAAUCAUUUUAUUUGAUGAUGGUCCAUUAGUUCAAGUCUUCUCUAGAAGCAAGAGAUCCAUCCCAUUCGGGGCUUAUCCUGGUUUGUGAAUCAUGAAGCAAUGAUGAGAAAUGCUGAAUGGGAUGCUGACCGAUCAAAGUAUCAAAUCCCCCUUCCCCCUUCCCAGGCAUUCCGUCAGGCUUCCUGGGCAGUUUUCUGGUACCCAUCAAUACUCCUCUGCAGAGAGAGGCACUGCAUGAGUAAAGACUGGGCAAGAUCUCCAACCCAGACCUUUAAAGGUCAAUCCAUUCAGGCUGCUUCAGAAUUUUAUCUUGUUACUCUGAGGGUUCAAAAAUACCCAUUCAUAUUCUGUGGUCAAAUGAAACACUGUGGGAAUAAAGAAAUUGAUCAAAUGAAACUGAUGACAGCUGUAACUGGAACCUUUUGAACAUAAGUCUAGCACAUUCACCACUGGACCCCUGCAUGUCCCUUUCCUAGAUUGAAUAUGUAAUUCUCCUACUGUCAACCAAACAAUUCUUAUAAUCUUUGUUCAGAGAAUUUAGUAUUGGAUCACCUAAUUAUCCCCAAAUUGAUAAUUUUCUUGAUCCUCAUCACUUAUCUGGUUGAUAUUUUAUGGAUAUUGCAAGGAGGAAGUCUAUCUUGGUCACUCAUGGGAGUUAAAGGGUUAAGUCUACCACUCUGAUUGAUGUUGAUAUUCAUCUGCCACCUAUUAUUUUGUGUCUCAGGAUGAAUCUGGUAGAGGUGUUUCUCAACUUUGUUGUUUUAGCCAUAGUAAGUACAUUUUGCACAACAGUUUUAUUGAUUUUGUAACUGAUGAUAUGAUGUCAAGGAUCUUUGUGUCCUGCCAACUUUGUUGUAAAUCAUUUCUGCUGCUAGAGCCUCUUCAUCCUUUUUGUCUUGACCAUUGUGGCAAUCCUUUAGUUGGCAAGCAAGCAAACAGAAGUGUGGCAAACAUAGUGUUUGGCUCACUUAAUAAAUCAAGUAAUACAACCUGUAAUGUCCUCCUAUUGAUGGCAUAUUUUACACCAACUUUUUAACAAUAUUGAAGGUUGCCAAGAGGUGACUUUUUGAAAAGAUGAACUUGGAGCCCUUCUCUACCUAGAGUGAUAUUCUGGUCAGGAGUAUUACAGUUUUACAGUUUAAAUAUUGAUUGCUUUAUAUUUUCUCAGAAAACUCAGCUCUGAUCAUUUUUUUAUUUAUUUCAGCACAUCAGUGGGAAAUCAGGGCUCUCAGUCCUGCUUGCCUUCAUGGUUAGCACAAUGACAUUUUCCAAGACAGUGUUGUAUUUCCUGGUUUCUACUUCACUGUGUAAUGGGGAACAUUUUGUGAACCAUUCAGAUUGGAGGAAAACAGUAUUGUUGUACAUCAUUCCAAAUGGCUUCUGGAUUGUCAUUCCUUUCUUUUGCAUGGUGGCCACAGGAAGUAUAUUAGUACACAGCAUGGAAAGUGGUCAACUACCCAAAGAGAAGAAGAAAUCCCAGUAACCUUUGACACCCAGACAUCAGAAUCCAUAUUCUACUGAGCAGACAAAGAUAGUUUACUUAUUUUUUAUAUCAGCAAUCAUUUUAUUUAUUCUCAUGAUCUUAACCCCUUAACUCCCAAGAUCUCAUUGGUAAUUCUCCUCACUGUCUGCCAAACGAUUCUCAUCAUGUUAGUUUGGAGAAUUUGGUAUUGAAUCAAUUAGUAAUCUCAUAAUUGAUAUUUUCCUUUUAAUCUCCUCACUUGCCAGCAUGAUAUUGUAUAGAUAUAGUAAGGAGAAAUUAUGUCUUGGUCACUCAUGGGAGUUAAAGGGUUAAUAAAUGAAUCUGCAGUAUUACUGUAAGGAGAAAUUAGGAGCUGAUUUUUUUAGGACUUACAGUGAAGGGUUGCAGUAAAACUUCAUAGUUUUUUUUCACUGAUUUAGUAGGUUUUCAAUUUUGUGUUGAAAUGACUCUUUGUUUUAAUGGAAUGGUUCUACUUUCCUUUUUAAUCUGUCACCCAUCUGAUACAAAACUUAAACUAUUCAUGACUGAGUCAUUCAAAAUUUUUUCUCAUGCUUCAGUCAGUUUCCCUCUCUUUUAGUUUGAGCUGAGUCCUUACUGGCACCUUAUAAUAUUUACCAUUGAACAUUCUGAUUGGCCUUUGUAAUAAACAAACAAUACUUGAAAUGUCCUGGUUUUUAAUGUCUACAUAAACACCAUCAGAAUGUCCUUUAUUGCAUUCUCAAAGACUUCAUGAAACAAGGAUAUAAAAAUGCUGUUUUCAAAUAAUAAUUUAUCUUUAGCUUGGAGUGCGGAUAAGUUGUGUGGAGAAAUAAUAUUCAUUCUCAUUCUUCCUUGACAGAAAUUUUUAACGAUUUUCAUGCCCAAACUUGUCUUGCUGCUAUUUUUAUAUCAGGAACAAUUGGAUUAGCAAUUUACAUGAUCUAAAUUUGGCUACAAUUAGUUUUUUUUUUCAGAAAUAGCGCAAUGAGACACUUGAAUCGAUUGAUCUUGGAGAUCCAAAAUGUACUGCUAACUCUAUGUACUUGCUUACCUGUACAAAGGUAGUUAUUGGUAAGAUAGCUAACAAGACAUAUAUGUUAUCAGUGUAUCAUUAGGCUAAUUUUUUCUGUUUCUAAAAGAACUUUUCUGCUGUUUUAGGAGACAAGAGAAACUUCUAGUCUAUUAUCAAUCUAUACUUAAUAAAGAUUAAGUCACCACUGAUUUUACAUACCAAUAAAAGAAGAGAUAUGUAUAUUUUUAGCUUAUGAAGUAAAGUCCAUUGUCAGAGCUAAGUGUGUGGUAGUUUUUUAAUUAUGCCUGGGUACAUUAACAUUGUUUUAGUUUCCUUUACUAGAGCAAAGAUAAACUACACUUAGAUUUGUGCGAAUUUGCACUCUAAGAAAUUGACAAACCUAUCAAAAUGUCAUAAAAGAGUCUUUGCUUCUUCCAUUCCUACCUUCCUCCCUUGAUUUCAAAACUGUCUUUGAAAAUGUUUUGAAUCCUGAGAGCAUCACAAGCAAUGCAAUUUACAAGCUGCAGCAUCAAUACUUUGACUCUUCUUCUUUGCUGAGUUCAUUUUGGCUCACAAUCAAUUCAUCUUCUCCAGUGUUAUAUACCAGCACUUGACCUCAUGCCUCUCUAUGAGCACUUGCUUGCAGAUUUCAAAUAAGGUGCAUGCAUGCUCAAUAACCCCCUCCCCCCAUCCAAUCUUGAACUCCUUAGACACAACCUUAAGUGAACUUUCCUAGUUCCCCAUGGCAAAUCUCCAUACUAUGAUUCUGUAUACAUCAACACAUUUUGUAUCAAGUCAGACUCAGUAGCCUAUGUUCAACAUGUCAGAAGGCUAGAUGGGAAAACUGGGGUGAGGUUUCUCAAAAUGAAGAAAAAGAGCAAAUUAAAAAAAGAAGAGUAAACACAAUUAUCCAUUGUGGUUUGAUUUGUUUCUUUUGGCUGUUCUUUUCCUUAGACAAUUUUUUCACAGAAAUUAUAUUAUCAAGACAAAUUAGACUUAGCUUAAACGAAGGUUUAGAAAUAUGAGACUUGCCUCUCUACAAAAUAAUUUUAUCCAGAGAGCUUUUCAUCAAGCCUCGCGCAAUUUGAAGCCCACAUAAUUCUAUCACGCCAUUUUGGCAAACUGCUACAAACCAUUACAUUUUAGAACUUACUGUUGCGUGACUAUAGGGACAGUCUGUUUUAAAUCUGACCCACAAUACGUUGCAUGAUCAUUUCAUAAAGAGUGGCCCAAGAUUAAACAUGGCUGGGCGAAUUCUUCCAUUUUGGGUAGCAGUUUGGCUCGUUAUUUCAAGUAUUGUGGUCACGAUCGACGCUUUGUUUGUACUUUUACGACCCCAUACACUACCAGAUGGAAAAUGGAACUUCCUUUUUGAACCAUGUAAGUAUUUUUUGCAUCUGUUGAUUGCAUCCAGGUCACGCAAUUUCCUCCAUGUACGUACUAACGUGGAGUUUUCAUUAACUUGUGUUAUAUCUUCUUCAAAUUCCUUUAAAAGUCUGUUUCUGCAACAACUUUUUGUUUUUUCCUUCAGACAACAUUUUCAUCGAAGUUGAUCCUAGGUACAAAGAUCUGAAAGACACAUUUGUUAUUGGGCAAAGCUUGUAAGUUUUCCACAAAUACUGAGGAAUAAUGAAAGUUUGAUAGAUAACAUUUUCAACCUAUGUACAGUUGAAAUCAGUUAAUACCUGUUAAUGAAACUCUUUAAUCUGUAUAUGUUAAAUGUAUCUGAGUCCCAAAUUCCAAAAAAGUGUGUUCGUUUCGCACAUUUCUCUCUUUUCAGUUGAUUAUUGCACGGUUAUGAUAUUUUCAUUCUUACUAAUAAUACACAGUAUUUCCUCGAAUUCAUAUGUACCCGGGCGCUUAAUUAAAACUUUGGUCAAAAGCGGGGGCGCUUUUGGAAGGUGGGCACCAAAUCGUAAGGGCGCGCUUAUUUAGUUAGCGCAGCAAUAAAACAAAAAAUCUAAAGAACAGAUAUCACACUGAGGAACUCUGCUCUGCAAGCACAUGGAGUUAGAAAUAACUGGAAAUGAAAAAAAUACUCUCUUCUACUGAUUCCACCCUAGUAAAUGCUUAAAAAGUUAGAGAUAGAGAUUAAGUGGCAAUAGAAACAGAUUUUACUUGUAAUUCCCUACUAUUGAGGGGGGGGGAAGGCUACUUUAGAGGCAAGCUUGUUUGAAAUUAUGGCCUAGGGGAUGGGUGCUUAUUAAGAGAUGGGUGCUUUUUAGAGUUUGGACCCUUAUUCUUGGAAAUACAGAAAAUACCUUUCACUAAGGUUGUUGUUGUAUCUCUUUUUUUGCUAGCAUGAAUUUGUUGGAGAUGUGUCUCAACAUCGUCAUUUUGACAAUGGUGAGUGUAUUUAUUAGUCACCAAACUGUUACAAAAUUAACAAGUAGAUUCCAUGUUUCUGAGCGUCUGUUUAAUUAAUAGAUCACUAAUAACAUCAAAAUGUAGUUGGUAAGAACCAAUGAAAUGCGUUUGUAAUUCAGCUCAUUAUAUAACUAAUUUUAUGGUCCCUUUUUGUAGCAAAACAGCAGCAAAGAUGGAUUGGCAGUGCUGCUUGCCUUCAUGGUGAGCACAAUGACAUUAUCCAAGACAGUGUUUUAUUUCCUUGUCUCCAGCAAGUUGUGUAGCGGUCAUCACUUUCUGAGCCACAAUGAUUGGAAGACAUUAGUUUUUUUAUUUAUUGUUCCAAAUGGUAUCUGGAUAGUUCUUCCCUUACUCUGUAUGGUGGCCACAGGACAAAUAAUGAUUGAUCACAUGAGAAAUGGACAACCAUCAGAAGAAGAACAUCUGAAAUCUCAGUAAAUUUCUGCUUAACCAUAGCCCCAUAUAUAUUAUUUUUCAUCUUGAAAAAUAACAGCUGAGAUUGAAUAGUAGUUUAGCCUGCAAUGCAAGUGGUUGAUUGUCAAUCAGAGGUAGAUUGCACCAUGCCACAGGCUACAAAUAGUCAUGAUUGUAAAAAAAAUUUCGAAAUGACAUUUUCACAAAAUAAACUAUUUCCCUUCACAAAAAUGACUUCAAUCAUUUCUACUCUUCAUUCUUUACAAGCCUUUGAUAUCUUUUUUCCAUCUCAGCUACCCAUGUUUUAAAUGGCAAGGGACUUAUGGAAAUUCCUCAAACCAAGAGAAAUUAAUCUUGCCAAAACUGUCCCUCACGAUUGAAAGAGCGACUACCAAAGAUAUGCCUCUUGCAGAAUGUGAAACUUGUUGUGCUUUGAGGAGAUUCAAGGGCAGAUUAUGUAAAUGGAGGGAAUUUAAAAAUCACAAGCCUCCUCUUGCUUUGAAAACGCAAAAAAUGCCAUCUGUUUUACAGGUUCUACCCUUUUACGAAAUGUAUCGCAGACAGUAAAUAAAAUUCAUAGUUGGAUGUUGGAAGUGAAAGUCUGAUAUCCACUUACCAAUCGUGACGUAUCGCGUUGCGUGACUAGGUCCAAAACCUUACCCACACUACCUUGCGCAAUUUCCCAGGUCCGUAGGAUAUCGGACCAUAUCACAGAUGGCGGGGCAAAAUCUUCCAAUUUGGGUCGUUGUCUGGCUCUUUUUCUCAAGUAUUAUGGUCACAAUCGACGCCUUGUUUGUGAUUUUGCGACCCCAUACACUACCGGGAGGAAAAUGGAACUAUCUCUUUCUGCAUUGUAAGUUGUACUUUAGGACCGAAGUAUGACUCAGCUAGAAGUCACGCAAAAAGUAGAAGAAACAAUUUGUCUCUGCAAAGUUUUCAGUAGCUUGUUACAUAGCCCAGUAGUCUUAGGAUCAAAUUUAGACAUACUUUGAUUUUGUUUGUUUCAGAUAAUAUUUACAUUCACGUCGACAAAAGAUACGCCGAUGUAGAUGACACUUUUAAUUAUGGACAAAGCUUGUGAGUUUUUUCAACUACAGUUAGCUUCCCUCGUAGUAAAUAAUAUUGUGAGCUCCCUGAUCAGUGAUAUCAAAAUCGCCGUAUGAGGCAGCAUGGUUUUACUGCUGAUGCACUUAAAAUAUUCUGAGUGUGAAUGCUUCUAUUCUAUAACGGCUGUGUAGGUACCUGUCAACUUUCCCUAGGUAAAAUAGUUGAUCAAUAUUUUUUCAUAUCAUUAGCACCGCAAUUUACAAUGAAGAAUUAUAAAAUAAUUCAAAUAGUACGCGCGCUCUGAUUGGCCACAAAACCAUUUUACAUGAGCGUAUGUAAACACGGUUUUCGUUCCUUACAUAGCCUAAUGUAAACACGCGGGAGGUUGGAAGAACACGAGAUAAGCGUAGAAAACCACGACGCGAAGCGGAGUGGUUUCCAGCUUAUCAGGUGUUCUCCCAACCUCCCAAGUGAUUACAUUGGGCUAUGUAAACACGGAAACCAUUUUACAUUUCUUUUAUUAAAUAACUACUGAAAGAGGAACGAAAACCGUGUUUACAUACGCUCAUGUAAAAUGGUUUUGUGGCCAAUCAGAGUGCACGUACUAUUUAAAUUAUUUUAUAAAACAUUUUCAGGACAUUACUUUCGAUAUUACUGAAUACGUUCCAAUGACUUGCAAACAUUUCCAAAGACUCUUGAAGAUGUUGCAAUGAAUUUCAAAUUCUUCAAAUGUACGUAGUGGUGCAACGCGCCAAACCUGGGGAGACUACAUCGAAGUGUUGGCAAGAUUACCACGACGACCUUUAGGACUCAAAUGCAAAAAACCUACCUGUUACUCCCCCUUGUCUUAUCCUGGAAAGGAGAUGAUGUACACAUAGUGGCUGUUCUUUUACUAUAUGUCAUUCAGUUAAUUCUAUAUUGCAAACUGACACAAACUGAACUUGGGUAUUGGAGGCUAGAGGGGGUAUGAUCUCUUUCUGAAUAAUUUUUUAUUCUUUGUCAUUAUUGAUGGUAAUAGGACUGGAUGGAAUCCAGUUUGGUCUGUAAUCAUAGGAGUGGUAACAAAUUUGGAGAAAUGCAUCACAGGAGUCCGAUUUGUUUAUCAUGAGUAUGAUUACAGACCAAAUUGGAGGACACUAAGUCUUAUUACAAUUUCCAAGAAACUGAAGAACAAUAGCCAAGCUAUGAAGGAAAGGAAAAAGUUGCAUGAAAGGUUGUAAAUGUUUGAUUAAAACUACAACUUUGAAAGUGAUUGGCUUAUUGGACUGUCCAAUAACAAACUGUCUGUUAACAACUUGGCAAGUAAAUUAGUGGAAAAUAAGAGUUUUUUUAAACCAAUCACAAUUUAGGAAAUUGUAAUUUUUAUUAUUAUUAUUGUUAUAGGCUAUUUUGAACAGUUCUUUUGACUAAAUGCUGUGUUAUUGUAUUUGUGGUAUCAAGAGAGACAGUGACUGAUUUCAGUUCCCUCUUCAGGGUGUGAAAUUAAUUUUUUUUCUGAUAGCCACUUGGCUCCUAAAUUCUUCAAAAUGGUAGCCAAUUCAAGAAAAGUUGGUCUCCAUUUUCCAAGACAAACAAAACCAUUUUUACGCUGUCAUCGUUCUAGGCAGACCCUCAAAAAUUAAGUUAGGGAAAAGAUCUUCAACGUGCUACAAAGUGGACACUAGGAUGGAUGAUAUUCAAUGUUCAGGCUCACCUAAAUCCAAGAUGGUAUCUAUUUAUUGAUAGAGAUGCAUGUGCUGCAUUUUGGAAACAAACUUAACGAGGAAGUUUGCGGUGGAUUUAUAAUUUUAAUUCACUAUAUCUCUUGGAAUGGUUAUGAUAAAACAUUCUAGUUGCCAAUUUGGCAACUAAUUUUCAGAGUUUGGUCACCAAAGUGAAAAAUUUAGUUGCAUUGGCGCCCAUAUUAGAUGCAAUUUCAUGCCCUGCUCUUUCUAAUUCUCCAGGUCCACCCCAGUUGGAUUCUUUUAUUUCAGAUUCAACUCACCAUCUUCCUCCUGACAUAUAUUUCUUUUACUCUUGUCUCAGCAUGAAUCUGGUGGAAAUGUGUCUCAAUGUCAUUUCUCUAAUAAUGGUGAGUGGUUUUGCAGUCAUCUCUCACUCAUAACAAACAAAUAAGGUGUUUCUUUAUCCAGUGAUAAAGCUCCAAAUUUUCCAUACCCAUACCCUUUGAACCCUACCAAUCAGUAUGCACACUCUCCGUACUGUUGUCUAUACAUUUCCUAAUGUACUUAUACAAGGAGGAUUUGUUUGAAAAUCAAGAAUAUGUUCAGUUUUUGAUCAUAUUUUGAAUUCUCAUGACCUUAAUAUGUGAUUCAGGGGUGAUAUUGUAAGGAGAAAUUAGAAGCUAAUAACUCUGAGAAGUUAAGAAACUGAGGAGAAAGGGGGUGCUUACCGAGAGGUGCUUAUUUGCUAUACUGGCAAUGGGAUGGAGGCAAUUUUGGGGGGAAAAGUUACAUACUUGAAUUUUUUUUUCUUUUUCUAGUAUAACAGGGGAAAAGUUGGACUAUCAGUGCUGGUUGCCUUCAUGGUGAGCACAAUGACAUUUUCCAAAACAGUAUUCUACUUCCUCGUCUCUAGUGAGUUGUGUGGUGGACAACACUUUGUGAACCACAAUGACUGGAAGUCUGCAGUGUUUUUAUACAUUAUUCCAAAUGGUAUCUGGAUACUUGUUCCCUUCCUCUGUAUGGUGACCCUAGGAAAUAUCAUAGUAGAUUGUGCGGAAAAUGGACAACCAACAGGGAAGAAAACAAAAUCUUAUUAAGUAGGAAUUUUUAAAUUGAUCAUAUCAUUGAUUUGUGUGGUAAUCCUUUAUUAACCAUUUAACUCCCAAGAUCUGAUUAUCAAUUCUCUCCUCUACCUGCUACAUAUUUCUUAGUAAAUUAGUUUCAAGAAUUUGGUGUUAGAUCAAGAUAACAACAUAUACCUGAUUAGUUUGAGUAUUCUUAUCACCUGUUUGCUGGAUAAUGUAUGGCUAUGAAAGGGAGAAGUUACAUAUUAAUCACUGCUGGAAGUUAAAGAGUUAAACAUGGUGGAACCCUGAACAAAGGUAACAGGGAAAGUUAAUGAAAACUUUUCAUAGCCACAACAGAUUGUAUCCCAUUAGUAAAGGUGAACUCUGACCUGAGGUGUCUAAUGGAAAAGGUUCCAUUGUAUAAGGGCAAACAACAUUCCCCUAACUUGGAAAGUAAGGAAUAGGCCUUUGCUUGUAACCAAUGUUCAGAAGAAUAAGCAUGUGCACAGCAUAAGCUUAGAGAUUUUGGGAAAAAGGUCUGUGAGUGCUCCCAAUAGGAGUCCACAGCACAACCUGCCAAUUAGUACUAUGGACAAUCUACAACUAGAGCUACGCAAGACUCAUGGUAGGCUAGGCUGUUUCAGCAGGUCAAUAGUGACAAACUUCCUGCCUAAUGCUGGGACAGGAAUGUCAAAAUGUAAUGCUUCUGCACAAUGAGGAUGUUAAAAUUAAUGUGCUAGAGUACUUGGCCCGAUUGUAUGAAGGGCCAAUAAAGCUAUCCAACACAAAAUAAAUAAAUGAAUAAAUCUCUAUCCAACUGGUAAGUGAUGGCAAAAUGUAUAGCAUUACCCACCAGGUAGAGAUUUAUCCUGUGGAUGGCAUUAUCCGACCUUCAAUCAACCACAAUGUUAUAUAUUGGGGGUAAAUAGGAUAAGUCGAUAAUAUAUAGGAACAUCAUCAUUUGUCAAUACCAUUCCUUUUUGGCAUACAGGGGAAAGAAAUUUGCUAAGAAAUUUGCAAAGUAAAUGUACUUGAAGUUCACAUUAAAUGACAAGUAUGCUUUACUGCUUCAACAGUUGACACCAUUUUGUAGUCAUGCUACAUUAAUAGCACUAUUAAUGUUCGUGAGCUGUUUUCAAAUUGUAAAAUUAACUUAAUUUAGUGUAUGUUUAAGCAC